AGAGGAGCUGAAGAUCCUGCUUCUAACCAACAACAUGCUGCAACAUGAAGAACAGUUCUAACCUGUGUGGAGCUAAACUGCACAACUACAAUCACACAGAACCAGAUUAUGAUCCUGUGGCUGAAGAGGCCUGAGGAGGUGGAAGGCUCCUCAUCCUGAUCCAGAAUUGACCUUAGAGGUUUCUCCUCAAAGUCCAGGAUCCAAUACAGAGACAUGCUCUCAGUGUGCUCCACCAGACUCUCUGCUUCAGAACCAAUGUAUUUUUGGUUGAAAUGCUCCAAACGGUUCAAACUCAGCAGCAGGGACCAGAACAGAACCAGGUCCAUGUGGGUGGAGAGGAGGUGGAUGCAGGACAGAAGCUGCUGCUGUCGACAGAAUCAGAUCAAUAAUCUGAUCUAACGAUUCCUGCAGCAGGACAAGACAAGACCUCAUAUAACUGACUGGAGAAGAUCAACAUGGGAACCAAAUCUUCUAAAAGUCAGCUGGAGGAGCCAGACCUCAGGAUCGUACUUGUUGGGAAAACUGGAGCUGGGAAAAGUUCAUCAGGAAACACCAUCUUAAAGAAGAACAUUUUUCCAUCUAAAAUGUCAUCUUCCUCAGUGACAGUGCUGUGCCAGAAGGAAACAGGACAGUUUAGUGGGUUAAGACUGGCUGUUGUUGAUACUCCAGGUCUGUUUGACACUGAGAGAUCUAAAGAUGAGGUGAAGAAAGAGAUCGUUAAAUCCAUCUCAUUAGCUGCUCCUGGUCCUCAUGUGUUCCUGAUCGUGCUGCAGCCGGGGAAAUUCACAGAAGAAGAACGAGAAACAAUAAAAAUCAUUAAGAUGGUGUUUGGAGAAAAGGCAGCACGCUACACCAUGGCCUUGUUCACACAUGGAGACGAGGUGAGCACAGACAGAGUCUUCAUGGAUGAUUUCAUUGGUCAAAAUAAGUCUCUGUCUACCUUCAUCGGUCAGUGCCACGGAGGAUACCAUGUGUUCAACAACAGAAAGAAGAAUCCUGCUCAAGUCCGUGAGCUGCUGAAGAAGAUCAAUGAAAUGGUUCAAAGAAACGGAGGAGAGUACUACACCAAUGAAAUGUUUGAACAGGCCGAGAAAGCCAUAUUAGAAGAGAUGGAACGUCUUCAGAAGGAAAAUCCAGAGAUGGAGCCCCAAGAGGCCAGAAAAAUGGCAGAGGAAGACAACGCGUUUACACGGGCCGAACCAGACCUCAGGAUCGUACUUGUUGGGAAAACUGGAGCUGGGAAAAGUUCAUCAGGAAACACCAUCUUAAAGAAGAACAUUUUUCCAUCUAAAAUGUCAUCUUCCUCAGUGACAGCAGUGUGCCAGAAGGAAACAGGACAGUCUAAUGGUCUGACAGUGGCUGUUGUUGAUACUCCAGGUCUGUUUGACACUGAGAAAUCUCAAGAUGAGGUGAAGAAAGAGAUCGUUAAAUCCAUCUCAUUAGCUGCUCCUGGUCCUCAUGUGUUCCUGAUCGUGCUGCAGCCGGGGAAAUUCACAGAAGAAGAACGAGAAACAAUAAAAAUCAUCCAGAUGGUGUUUGGAGAAAAGGCAGCAUCCUACACCAUGGCCUUGUUCACACAUGGAGACGAGGUGAACACAGAUGGAGUUUGCAUGGAUGAUUUCAUUGGUCAAAAUAAGUCUCUUUCUGACUUCAUCGGUCAGUGCCACGGAGGAUACCAUGUGUUCAACAACAGAAAGAAGAAUCCUGCUCAAGUCCGUGAGCUGCUGAAGAAGAUCAAUGAAAUGGUUCAAAGAAACGGAGGAGAGUACUACACCAAUGAAAUGUUUGAACAGGCCGAGAAAGCCAUAUUAGAAGAGAUGGAACGUCUUCAGAAGGAAAAUCCAGAGAUGGAGCCCCAAGAGGCCAGAAAAAUGGCAGAGGAAGACAACGCGUUUACACGGGCUGUUCUCAAGGGGGUUUCUUUUGGGGUGACUUUUGGAGCCGGUGUUGGAUCUAUGGGGGGUCGAGUGGGCCGUGCAGUGGGGGCUGCAGUGGGAGCUGCAGUGGGAGCUGCAGUGGGAGCUAUAACUGGAGCAGUGAAAACAAAUGCAUGUGCUACACAGUGAUAUCUCACUGUAAAUCCAGAAACCUCUGUCUGUCUGUCCUUCGACUGACUCAACAACUGCUCACUAAAGGGAGUACUGCUGAAGACUCAAGUAAGUGCAGUGUUGAGUGUGAUAUUUUUUAAGGCUACGUCCACACUAAUAUGUUUUAGUUUUAAAAUCACCAGUGCCUUGAUUACGGCUGGCGUCCGCACUAUUGCUGAGUUUUCAAGCCUCUAAAACUGAGACUUUUGGAAACGAUGAUGGUCAUAUUUGCUUCCUGAUUGGGUCUCAUCAGCCUCGACCACCAGAGGUGAAUGCAACAAGGAUUAUGAAUUACAAACUUUGAUUACCUUGGUGUCUUUGUUAGCAGCUGUUGUCUAGUCAAAUUCUAAAACGACAUAAACGACCAGCUGUAGGGCAGACAAUCUACUUCCUGUUUACACCAGCACGCUCAUGCUCAGUGUAGGUGAACGGUCAUGUGAUCUGUGUUUUCAGGUGUUAGUGUGGUCAGUGAUUAUUUCUGAUAUGGAGCUAAAACACUCAUCUGUACAGAGAUUGGAAACGUUUCAGUGUGGGCGGAGCCUCAGUCUGGGGUUGUCAAGAAAAUCUAAAUACAGACUGACAGAGGUUAAUGUGACAUCAUAUAAAGUUGCUUUGUGAGUUUGUAAAUAGAGCUUGUGACCUCCAUAUGAACAGGCAAAAACUUAAUCACUAGUUUAAUGUUAAUUCUCCAUCUGCUGCAGCUUAUCAUAUUACUAUUAAUAGAAGAAUAAUCAUGGAAACAGUCUGUAACUUUAAUAUGAUUUCAUCUUGUUUUAUUUUCUCUUCUUCACCACAAAAUGUAAUAUAUCCUGCACUUGAUUUGACUGGAUGAUGCAUGAUGAAUGAAAAGGUUUUAACAUUUUAUCUGUGUUGUUAAUGAUACAUGUUAAUAAACAGAAAUAUGACAAAUGA